AUUUUGGCUCAAACAAAGUCAGAAACAUUUACUCGGAAGGGAAUAUUUUAUAUAUAUAUAUUUUUAAUACGACACAAAUAAUUUGCCUAGCACCAGCACAUUAUUUACUGGCUAAAAUUUUGAAUCUCGUGAAAAAUUAUAACCUGAAAAGCAAUGGUUAAAACCGGCUGAAAGGCAAGCAGUGGAACAUUUUCUGAACGUUGAUGCCGUUUUUGUGCGCGUGCGAUGGGUGGAUGCUCAGCUCCCAACUGUUCCAAUUCAACCAGCAUAGGGAAACAGCUGUUUAGAUUCCCCAAAGACCCUGUCAGGAAGAAGAAAUGGGUUGUGAAUUGCCGACGUGACUUUGAACCAACUCCACACUCCAGACUCUGUCAGGACCAUUUUGAGCAGAGUCAGUUUGAGGAGAUAGCAAAGUCUCCAGCAGGAGGAAAGAAACUGAAGCCCAACGCCAUCCCAACUCUGUUCAAUGCUGGAGACCCCCCAUACCCUGCUGUCACUUCCCCAUUCAUCAUGUUGUCCCUCAAACCUGAGCAAGUGGAGAAGGAACUGAAUGUCGGCGACCACGGCUACGCCAGGCGCACCCCUCUGCUCGGCCUGGAAGAAGACGACAGGGACAGGGCGGUUGGCGGCCGGCAGUCCUGCGCACAAUGUCAUCUCCUCAAGAAACAGCUGGAGAAAGAGAUGCAGAACACUGCAAGGCUACAAAAGGAGGCGGAGGAGAUGAGAAAGCGUCUCUACCGACUGGGCCAGAUUGAGAAGGGACUCCAAAACUUUCUUUACGAGGAUCAGAUCCGAGCCUUGUCCCUCAUCAAGCGCUCCCGUCGUGCUGUGUGGUCUCCGGAAACCAUCCUGAAGGCCAGAAAGAUCCGCAGCGCAGUGGGCACCAAAGGCUACGAGUACCUAAGGGAGCUGGGCUACCCGUUGCCCUCGUACCGGACUCUGUGUAACCGCCUCACGACCAAGAUCAUGGUCACGACCGACAUGAGCUGCGAGGAGCUGGCCGAGCUGGGCUUGGGACUUAUGGCCACCUGCGACAGCCCAACAGAAGGUGUAGGGGACAAUGAUGAGGAAGACCUGAUUGCCGCCUUGUCCUGAUCGGUGCCGCUUGCUUGGCUUAUUGGCUCUACUCAAGCCAAGACAGACGGCUGAGAUUUCACUUUACAAGAACCAGAAAGAACCCUUGAGGGAGGUGGUUUACACUCACACAGUAACAAUUUCAAUACUGCUCAGCUAACUUGAGUUUUGUCCAAGGUUAAACUCCACAAACUCACUUUUGGGAGGGGUGAAAGAUGUUGGGGUUAACCCCCUGACGUAGAGACGAUGACGGAUCAAUAUUGUUGUCAGAUGUUUCUACUUACGUUAAAGGGUCCCGGACAUGAUUCAUCAACUUUGCUUAAUUAAAUACUGUAUGUUCUAUAUUGUUUGUAAUUGUGUUCUACAUUGUUUGAUUGUUGAAAGCGAACAGUGAAUUCACAAAAAUGACAUUUAUAGUUCAUGCCGCCAGCCAUGACGAGAUACAGUCUCGCUGUUCAGUCUCAUUUCCGGAAAGAGAACUUGCAGAACAUGGACUUAAGGCUUAAGACAUGGAGGUGAAGAUUGGUCACCUUCAAAACACACAAUGCUAAGUGUAGAUUACUCUGGAGUUGCUUAUCCUUCUAUUAUUGUUUUAAAUCAGCUUCUUAAUGAACGUAAAGUGGUCAUUAUAGCGUUUUUUUAGUGUCUAUUUUGCCGCCCCUGCCCCCCACAGUAUUUCUCAAAAGAUGUUUAUGUAACAUGUACUGUAUAAUGCGUUAUAGCCUUGUUGCUAUCAUGGAAUAGUGUUUAGAAGACAUUAUAUCUGUGGCAACUUUGAUGUAGUGGACAUUCUUCCUUGUUUUGUGUACUGGCGGAAUAGCAUCCUUUUUCAAAAUGUGUUUAUACCGUACUUUAAAGCGAAAUGCUUCUUGUAAAGAUGUUCCUUCAUAGCAGUCAUCAGUGAAAUGAUCACUGCAAAGAACAGAACUGGGGGUGGGCGUCCAUCUGUCGGUCUCUGCACUUGCGUCGCCCACUGUUGUCUUAAACCUUCCCCUUAAACUUACAGUAUCACGCGGAUACUAUGAACAUCCAGCAGCAACACGACAUUUUGGCAUAACUACUAUUUGGAUGAAAAAUGUACUGAACCAGUCGACCAUCGACCCCGGGAAGCGUUUGUUUACUCUGCUUUAGUUGAAAGGUGUCACCCCGAUGAUGUGACUUCCGGAAUGAGGUUGAACUACAAAUGUCAUUUUUGCGUAUUUACCGUUCACUUUCAAAAAUGGAGCAAUGUAGAACAUAAUUAGAAACAAUAUAUAACAUAUUAAGCAAAGUUGAUGAAUCAUGUCAGGCACCCUUUGAACAAGCUGCAAUUUGGCUGCAUGUAAAUGUAAGAAAAGCAUUACCAUAUACUGUAUUAGCAUGCUAUGCUAUGUGUACAAAUGUGAUCAUAAACAACUGGCCUUAAUCUGUCCUAUAUGCAAUUAAAGGGAACCUUCCCGUGAGUUAAAAAACUCCAACAAAAAGCAUGCAUGUAUUGACACAUUUAUCACAAGUACUCAAGCUUGCAUCUCUGGCUUCCAUGGCGUUUAAAACCUUGUGGAAAAAUACAGAAUAUAAUAUAAUAUAAUAUAAUAUAAUGCUGCUACAUAAGCACUACAAUCAGCUAUGUUGAUACAUGCAGCAUUCUGUUUGCCCUUAAUCAUUAAACAACUCUUUGCGUUCA